AUGUCUCGAUACUUCUGCACAAAGGUGUCGGGAGUGCUCAACGGUAAAAUGACAAUACCUGAUCUCGUUCAACCUAUAAUAGGCAUGCCAUCCAUCCGAUGUAUUGUGAAGUCAUAUCUUCAAUGGCUACAAGAUAGUGAUUACAGUACAAAGUGUUCAUUGUGUGAUAAUGAAUUGGCAGAUGGCGAUGUGGUUAGAUUGUUAUGUUAUGAUGUGUUUCACUGGGAAUGCUUGGAUGCCUAUGCGAGGAACUUCCCUUCCAACACUGCACCAGCAGGCUACACAUGUCCGACCUGUAACGUCAGCAUAUUCCCAAGCCCCAACAUGAUAUCACCUGUCGCUGAGACACUCCGGAAAUAUCUAGCAACGGUCAACUGGGCAAGAGCAGGAUUAGGACUGUCGUUGAUUGAAGAGCCUAAGAAAGACAUCCCAGCCUACACACAAUCUACAUUACCAGCAGCAACUCAGUCCUUUGAUUCCAUACCAGCAACUUCCCCAACUGCAAUAGCUGUAGUCUCUCCCCAGCAGGCUGCCCCCGCCCCUGUCUCAAGAGGGAGCUAUGGUCAGACGACGAGACCGCAGCCGAGGCAACCAGCAGCCUUAGGGGUGGGGUCGACUGGGACAUCAGCAGUGGAGAGCGUUGGGCCACACACCAGGUCGGACAAGCAGUUCGCAAGUGGUGGUGGAGCUGAGCACAGAGUAUAUGAUACAAGGAAGGAGGAAAUGAUUGUAGACAUCGUUCAAGAUCAUGACAAAGACAAGUACAAGAGGAGGAGUGCUCUUCACUGGUUUGCAAGAUGGUUCAAAUCAAGAACAAGCAGUAGGAAACCAGUCGACUCCAACGCCCAGAUCAAGAGGAUCGCCGUGCUGCUCCUCAUCUGUCUUCUUGCCUUCUUCACCUUCGUCAUCAUCAUGACGUCGGUCGGCAGAGCAUCAGCGAAUUCGGACCCCCUACUCGACCCCAUGAACAACCCCAACAUCAGGAUCGGGAGAAGAAUAUAAGAAAUUUUUGCAUAGUGAGGAUGAUGAGAGAAAAGACUCUUUCCAAAGUCACAUUGAGGGGAUCAACCUGACUUCUUUAGUCAUUUUUUUCUGCUGAGCUGUGACCAAUGCAAACAUUAUGUUUAUAUUUAAAGCAUUUAUCAUAUUCUAGCUUUGAGCUUCGGUAUCAACUUGAUUUAGAGCUUAUGGGCCAGUGCAGUCGUGUAUAGAUACAAUAUUUGUAAUAAAUUAGAGGCCUGUGAAUUAAUGACAAAUCAUGGUUUAUUCAGCUGUUAUUGACUUACCAUGCUUAACCUUGGUGGAGGACAAAGUAAAAACUUAGAGAUGCAAGUACCUACGGUAAUAUGGCGGAUCAUCAUUUUUUAGAUCGUGUGGCAAGGAAUAAAGUGACAACUUGAAUUUGCCGCACCCAAAGCUAUCAGCCGUUACAAUCCAGAGUGGAAGUUAUGGUGACAGUCUGUGUGUGUGCAUGUGCAAGCAAAGAAGCAGACAUUUGUGUGAAGGUGAAGACAUACUAACUGAAUAGAAGGAAAGCACUUGGUGAUGAAUGUCGGCUUCAUGGCUUCACCUUUUACAGGGCAUUGAUGGCCGUCAUGGCAACGAGACUCCUACCCAGCUGAUAGAAGAUAAGAGAUUAUGGCUGACUCUGGUUUUUGAUGUAUAAAACAUCUCAUUUUCAGUGCAAAUCAUACUCUGUAAAUAUCCUUAUGCUUGUUAAGUUUCCAUGGUAUUGCCUGCAUGUUGUACUGUGCAUAUACCUAGAGGCCAGGAUGGGGAUCCAUAAAGCUUAUGCACAAAUUUUACGCAUGAGUGGUAGUUAGAUCAGAUGACCAUAUUAAAGGGGAUGAUUUGAAUGCUCUUAAAAGUAACUGUUAGCAUGUCAUCUGCCCUCACUUUUCAUUUCCUCUGAUAAAAGUUAUCUCCAAAACGAGACAACAAUUUAUUUUUUAAUUAUUUAUUUAGUUGUGAUGGAACACUUUAUCAGCAAAUGCUGUUUUUUGUAGGGGUCCAUUUACUCCACAUUGCGCUCAAGUACAAGUACAUCAAAGAAAUCCAUUUUUUUACCUGAAAUAUGACCUCAUAUGUUUUUUUUUAUCAUUAUCACCUGUAUCUGUUUGACCAACACCCUCCUCAGACAUAUCUGUGCUUGGAUCUUGAGUUUCUCCAGAAUUGAGGAUCUUUUCAAGAAAUUCUCAUCAGUGGAUUCUAUUCUCCUACUUGAAAAAUUUAUCUUAUAGUCACUUGUAACAGAAAUAUUGCCAAAUGUCUUCUCCUGACAAAUCUCUGUCCAUAUCGAGAGAUCUGGAGAGCAUUUAUGAAAAGAAAAUUCAGUUAUUUUCACUGACUAAUGUUUUAAGCUACCAAAAUUCUUGCAUCUGAUCGUCUCAGAACACAUUAGUCAGUGAAGAUCACAAAAUUCAAACUCCAGAUAUGCAAGUUGUUAGCCAGCCAGAGCAUGAUUUUUACAUUGUAUUUGAUUUCUAGUGAACUGUCAAUGAAUGGGAAUGAAACACAAUGUGUGAAGCACCACAAGUCAACCAUUAUUUCAAAUAUUAGAGUUUAUUACUUUAUAUGUCUUGUUUUAUUUAAUUUGUCAAUAAAUCAUAUACAUUUAUCAAAUAUAUUUAUUUUUAAUUUUGCAUUCAUGAAUUUAUUGAAGGGAGUGGCUGAAAAUUUACAUUUGUUUGUUUGUCGAUAAAAAUGAAUAUUUCAAGGUCUUACCAAGAUUUAUAUAACAUGAUUCAUUAUCCACACAAGGUAUAUUGAGUAGUAUGGUUUUGAUUACUUGUGGUUGAUAUAAUUUUUUUCCCAUGAAAAUGUAGUUUGGAAGAGGCGGAAGUUCUCCAAGAGAUGGCUUAAGGGGAAAUCCUAUAAAAAUGAUCAACAUUUUGUAUGUCCAACCCUUCUUCUCCAUUGUUAAUCCAUUACAUGAACUGCUCAAGCCAUGAUAAUUUGAAAGCAUAACUCUUUAUAUGAACUAGUAAAUGUCGGUAGAGACAAAUGUUUUCAGAAAGGUCCUGCAUUGGGUAUGGACAUAUUUAUUUUAUGGAAUUGCCCAAAAAUGAUCAUCCGAUUUAUCAAGUAUUUUUGUUCAUAUUGAUAAGAAAGAGUACAGCGUAGAUAUUUAUUUUUCUGUUCCGAGUUUCUGAUUGCAAAGGCUUUCUUGAUACAGACAUUUUAUAUUCUGGAUUGAUACCCCCCUACACUUUGCGAUACGUGCGCUCAGGUUUGCCCACACAUAAUGUGUCUGACACCUUUUCCAUUCCCUUGGGAGUAUUCAUGCUCGACUCCUUACAAACAUUGCUAAAAUUGCACAUAUUUCUUAUGCAAUCGAGUAUCCAUUUAACUUCUGGUUGAAAUGAGGCAAUCAGGGUGAAAUACUUGAAUUCCCAUAGGAUAUUACGUUCCUUGAAUAAAUGGACCAGUUUGAAAUCAUAUUAAAGGUCAAGUCCACUCCAGAAAAAUUUUGAUAUGAAUAAAUAGAGAAAAAUCAAACUAACAUACAGUUUGUAACGCUGAAAAUUUCAUCAAAAUUUGUUGUAAAAUAAGAAAGUUAUGAUAGUUUAAAGUUUUGCUUAUUUUUCACAAAACAGUGAUAUGCACAACUCAGUGACAUGCAAAUGAGGCAGUCAAUGAUGUCCCUCACUCACUUUUUCUUUGGUUUUUUAUUGUUUAAAUUAUACAAUAUUUCAUUUUUUACAGAUUUGACAAUAAGGACCAACUUGACUGAACCAUAUAGUAUUAAACAAUGUUAAUUCCACAUGUUCAUGGAGGAAUUAAUCGUUGUUUCACUCGACAAUGAAGAGGAAAUUAGAAUAUUUCAUAUUUCUUACAAUAAAAUACAGAAGAAAUAGUGAGUGGAUGACGUCAUCAGUCUCCUCAUUUGCAUACCGACCAGGGUGUGCAGUAACUGAUUUGCGAAUUUAAGCAAAACUUUCUUAUUUUACAUCUGAUUUUGAUGAAAUUUUCAGUGUUAUGCUUGUUUGAUUUUACUAUUUUUAUUCAAAUCAACUUUUUGUUGGGGUGGUGUAGAUCACUUAUCAUUCACAUUUCUUGCUAAUUUAAUCCUUGGAUGGUGAGAGCCAAUGCUGAUAAAAUAUUCUUAAUUGCCCAAAAUGACAAUACUCAGACCAAACUAUCAUGAUUUUUGCAUCUCUAAUCAAGUAGAUAGAUUACCCAAAUAGUGGAUAGUUUAAGGUCAUGGGACUUAAUAAAGAUUCCAAAUUCUAUAUUCUUAUUUAUUUGCAAUAUAUCCAAAUUAUCAUUGAAUAAAAAAACAUAGAAAUAUUGAAUGCAUUUCUAUUUUUACCAUGGGAUUAUGGAUUGGUGUUAAAAUCAAUUUGGUAGACAGCUUUAAAUAUAGUUCAAGGGUAGUAUAUAAAGAGUAAUAUAUGUCCUAGAAUUAAUUUAUAGAGUCUUUAAUGUGCAACUACUCCCUUCCCAUGUAAAGAACAAGAAUGGGAGAGAGAUUUGAAUUUAUUAUAUAAGAAUUUCCAUUCCAGAUUCUACCAUCAAAUUAUAUUCUACAUGUACUUUAGAUAAAUUGAAUGAAAGUGAUCGCACUAUGUAUAACACUGUUUCUAUACUUGCCAGUCACUGAUUGCAAAUGCAUGUAGUUUUGUCAAGAUAGCAUUUUGGUUAAUUCCAGUUUGUCUUAUGAAGUAGGAUACUGAAUUCCUGUAUAGCCGCAAUCAGUUAAUGACUUUCAAUGUAGUGAUAUAAUAUUUCUCCAAGUAUUCAUAUAAGUAUUUCAUUUUUAAGGACUUAUUUUGAUUUUUAUAAGGAUUUAUCCUUGGUUAUUCCAGGUAUUAAGAUAAUACACAUUCAUUUACAGUACUUCAGUAUUGUAGUCAUUUUAAACAUCUUUUGAAGCACUUGUGUUAAAAAAAGUUUAAUUAUUUGAAAAGGGACUAUUUUCUCACCUAUUAAGUCAUUUAAUUUCAAGAGAUUUUUGCUAAAAGAACAUCCUUAGAUUUUUUUUGUGUACAAGAAGACUUGAAAAACAAAUCCGGUGUAUUUUGUAUGUAUGCAAUAUAAGUAAUUCUUAAUAGCACCAACAAAACAUGAAUUCAUGUGGGACUGCAAAUCUGCUAUUCAUACAUAAGUAAUGUCCACUUCUAUCGCAUAAACUUCAUGAAAAUUUAUUUUGUCAAUUUAGUCCAGCAAAUUCAAUGCUUGGCAAUCUUGUUUUACAUUCCUAAAGAGGUCAAAAUGAGCUGUUUGUAUAAUUAUUCAAUUGUGUACAGAUAUCAGCAUGUUAUGUGUUUUUCUAUGUCCUUUAUUACAUCACACAAAUAUGUAAUAAAAAUGUCAUGAUUAGUUCAUUUAGAAUGGGUCUUAUGUUGGGAGCUACACACAUUGACAGAAUAUCAUGCUUUGCUCUCAUAAGACGUGGUAUAUUCUAAAUUUGGAAUUUUAAUGAAAUUGUUGUUGAAAUAUAUGAAAAGAAAAUGCGUUCUUUAACCAUUUCAAUAAAGAUGCUACAAAGUACAAUAUUA